ACCGGGCUGGCUGGAUGCUGGCUCCCGUGCAAAUGACACAGUUGAAGGGGAGAUGGGAUGGAGGCUGUCACUGGCAUCGACAUGGGGUCAAGAGGUAGUCCAAGAUGGCUGCAGCAUCUUAUGAUCAGCUGCUGAAGCAAGUGGAGGCCCUGAAGAUGGAGAACUCCAACCUGAGACAGGAGCUUGAGGACAACUCGAACCACCUCAACAAACUGGAGACCGAGGCCUCUAAUAUGAAGGAGGUGCUGAAGCAGCUGCAAGGAAGUAUUGACGAAGACUCAAAAGAUUCACAAGGCCAGAUCGAGUUUUUGGAGAGACUUAAAGAGAUAAGUCUGGAUCCGAACAGUUUUCCUGGGGUGAAGCUGAGACCGAAAGCCUCCAUGCAGGGCUCCAGCUCAGGCCGCUCUGCAGACAGCAGCCCCAGCCCCAGCCCCAUGUCCUCCUUCCCCAGGAGAGGCGUCGCCAACGGGGGGCGAGACAGCGCUGGAUACUUGGAGGAACUGGAAAAGGAGAGGUCUUUAUUAAUGGCAGAACUGGAGAAAGAAGAGAAUGAGAAGGACUGGUACUACGCCCAGUUACAAAACCUCACCAAACGGAUUGACAGCCUGCCACUGACCGAGAACUUCUCUUUACAGACGGAUAUGACCCGGAGACAACUGGAAUAUGAGGCUCGUCAAAUCCGUGCAGCGAUGGAGGAGCAGCUGGGCACGUGCCAGGACAUGGAGAAGAGAGCACAGGUGCGGGUCGCUCGGAUCCAGCAGAUCGAGAAGGACAUGCUGAGGAUCCGGCAGCACUUACAGUCGCAGCCUGCAGAAGCUGAGCCAUCUGCCAAGCAUGCUGACCUCGUAGCCCAGGCUGAAGGGGCCCAGGCAUCAGCAGAAGCUGGCAUCGCUGCUGCCGGUUGCUCUCAGGGCUCGGGUUCUCGUGUGGACAACGACACGGCCAGUGAGAUGAGCAGUGGUGGGAGCUACUCGGUCCCACGAAGAUUAACCAGCCAUCUGGGCACCAAGGUGGAAAUGGUGUACUCUCUGCUGUCCAUGCUGGGGACCCACGACAAGGACGACAUGUCCCGCACCCUCCUGGCCAUGUCCAGCUCUCAGGACAGUUGCAUAGCCAUGCGUCAGUCAGGCUGCCUUCCGCUGCUCAUCCAGCUCCUCCACGGUAAUGAUAAGGACUCUGUGCUGCUGGGUAACUCCCGCGGCAGCAAGGAGGCUCGGGCCAGAGCCAGCGCCGCCCUUCACAACAUCAUCCACUCGCAGCCGGACGACAAGCGCGGCCGGAGGGAGAUACGGGUGCUCCACCUCCUGGAGCAGAUCAGGGCGUACUGCGAGACCUGCUGGGAGUGGCAGGAGAGCCACGAGCGAGGAGUGGACCAGGAUAAAAACCCCAUGCCUUCUCCUGUGGAGCAUCAGAUCUGUCCUGCGGUUUGUGUUCUCAUGAAGCUGUCCUUCGAUGAGGAGCACAGACACGCUAUGAAUGAACUUGGUGGACUGCAGGCUAUAGGGGAGCUGCUGCAGGUGGACUGUGAGAUUUACGGUCUCACCAGUGAUCACUACAGUGUUACACUAAGAAGAUAUGCUGGAAUGGCCCUCACUAACUUAACCUUUGGAGAUGUGGCCAAUAAGGCUACACUUUGUUCUAUGAAGGGCUGUAUGAGGGCCAUGGUUGCUCAGCUAAAAUCUGAGAGUGAAGAUUUGCAGCAGGUAAUCGCCAGUGUUCUGAGGAACCUGUCCUGGCGUGCGGAUGUGAACAGUAAGAAGACUCUGCGAGAGGUCGGCAGCGUUCGAGCUCUGAUGGAGUGCGCUCUUGAGGUUCAGAAGGAAUCCACAUUAAAAAGUGUCCUGAGUGCCCUGUGGAACCUGUCUGCUCACUGCACUGAAAACAAGGCUGAUAUCUGCUCAGUCUCUGGAGCGCUGGCGUUUUUAGUCAGCACUCUGACCUACAGAAGCCAAACCAACACCCUUGCCAUUAUAGAAAGUGGUGGAGGCAUCCUGAGGAAUGUAUCCAGCCUCAUAGCCACAAACGAGGAGCACAGGCAAAUCCUAAGGGAGAACAGCUGUCUCCAGACUCUUCUUCAGCACCUGAAGUCUCACAGCUUAACCAUCGUGAGCAAUGCCUGUGGGACCCUCUGGAACCUCUCUGCUCGCAACGCAAAGGACCAGGAAGCAUUAUGGGACAUGGGUGCAGUCAGCAUGCUGAAGAAUCUGAUCCACUCCAAGCACAAAAUGAUCGCCAUGGGCAGUGCUGCAGCUCUGAGGAACCUAAUGGCCAACCGGCCUGCCAAAUACAAGGACGCCAAUAUCAUGUCCCCUGGAUCGAGUCUACCUUCACUACAUGUACGCAAACAGAAAGCACUAAUCGAGGAACUGGACGCACAGCAUCUUUCAGAAACGUUCGACAACAUAGACAAUUUGAGUCCCAAGGCUUCCCACAGGGGGAAGCCUCGACACAAGCACAACGUCUACGGCGAUUAUGACGGGGUGUGCAGGUCGGACGGUUAUAACACUAGUGGCGUUGGCGUUCGCUCCCCUUACAUGAACACUCCAGUGCUGUCCAGCCCAUCUUCACGUGAGAAUUCACGAGGGAAUUCCGAAAGUAUUAGAGCUGAGCGAGACAAGAGUCUGGAUAGGGAACGAAGAGGGUUCCACCCUGAUCCUGACUCUAGUAAACGAUUGCAGGCAAUGCAGAUUCCUACCACUGCGGCGCAAAUCGCAAUGGUAAUGGAAGAAGUCCAAAGCAUGCACUUAGGCCUGGAUGACAGAACUGCAGGUUCUACCUCAGACUCCCAUAUGGUGCAAGACGACAUGAUCAGACGCCAGACCGGUGUUCACAGUCACCAGAACAUUUACAGCUACAGCAAACCAGACCCAUCUGGAAGACCAUGCCCAAUGCCCCAACUGGAGUACAGAGCAUCUAAUGACAGUCUGAAUAGUGUCAACAGCACCGACGGAUAUGGCAAGCGAGGCCAGAUGAAACCAUCUGUAGACUCCUACUCCGAAGAUGAUGAAAGCAAAUGCUGUGUCUACAGAAAAUACCCAGCAGACCUUGCCCAUAAGAUUCACAAUGCCAACCACAUGGAGGACGACGAUGGAGAUCUAGACACGCCAAUUAACUACAGUUUGAAGUAUUCCGAUGAGCAGCUCAACUCUGGCCGACAAAGCCCAAGCCAGAAUGAAAGGUGGGCAAGGCCCAAGACUCUGGAGGAAGAAAUUAAACGCUCUGAACAGAAGCCACCCAGGUCCCAAAGCCCCGGAUAUCCAAUGUACCCAGAGGGAAAUACUGAAAGUGAGGACAAACGUAAGAAAUUCCAGCCCAGGUUUGUCCAACAAGACAUGUCUGGAGGAUUCCGACAAAGGGGACCCAAUGAACAAAGCAGCAGCGGUUCUAGUCAUGGAAUGACUAAAAAGAUCAGCCAAACGAUUUGCACUGUGGACGAUUUCGGCGACGAGAAGCCAACCAACUACAGUGAGCGCUACUCUGAAGAGGAACAGCUUGACGAGCAGCCGACCAAUUACAGCAUGAAAUACAACGAAGAUCAUCAUGUAGAGCAACCCAUUGAUUACAGUCUGAAGUAUUCCGAAGGUCCUAAGAAGGCAGUAUUCAGUCACUCAAAGCCAUCUUCAUCUCAGAGCUCUGUCAAAGACCAGUUAAGCCAGGAUAGUUCAUCUUCAGUGUCUUCUAUAAAGAAUCAAGGCAGGCAAAAACAGCUCCACCCAUCCACAGCAGCCCAAACAAGAUCUGGACCUGGUGGGAGAGCCAUGCAGAAGACAGCAUCUUGCAAAGCUCCUACGAUAAAUCAGGAAACAUUGCAGACAUACUGUGUGGAGGACACACCCAUAUGUUUCUCAAGAGGGAGCUCUUUGUCAUCGUUGUCCUCUGAAGAUGAAAUGGACAGCUGUAAGAGGAAUGUCAAUGCAUCAAGUAACUACCCAACUUUGCCCGUUUCCGAGAAAGAAUCGAGCGCUCCUGAUCAACGCACAACAGAAAGUCAGUCGUCUGGACACUAUGUGCGAAUGAAACCCCCGCGACACCAAGGUUCACACGUCGGGCACGGAGAGGGUUCCAGACAUCACAAAGCAGUGGAAUUCUCCUCAGGUGCUAAAUCGCCUUCCAAAAGUGGUGCUCAAACCCCUAAAAGUCCCCCAGAACAUUAUGUGCAAGAGACGCCCCUCAUGUUCAGCAGGUGCACUUCGGUCAGCUCUCUCGACAGUUUUGAAAGCCACUCUAUUGCCAGCUCUGUACAGAGCGAGCCUUGUAGUGGCAUGGUCAGUGGCAUAAUCAGCCCAAGUGAUUUACCAGACAGCCCUGGUCAAACAAUGCCUCCCAGUCGUAGCAAGACGCCGCCUCCCCCUCCACCACGUUCAACAUCUAUAAAACAAAAAGUUACUGUGCCACCCCGUUCUGAAAAACAGGAAAUGCCUCCAAGGCGUGCUGCUGUUAAUGCUGCUGUGCAGAAAGUACAAGUACUUCCAGAUAAUGACACGCUUAUUCACUUCGCCACAGAGAGUACUCCAGAUGGGUUUUCAUGUGCUUCUAGCCUCAGUGCGCUAAGUCUGGAUGAGCCCUUUAUUCAAAAAGAUGUCGAGCUGAAGAUCAUGCCUCCAGUUCACGAGGAUGAUCACGGAAAUGACUCUGAACCUGAGAAAGAUGAGGUUAAGGAGUCGAAGGGACAAGAGAAGCCUUCAGCAGCUCCUGAACCUGAGAAAGACAUCUUGGAUGACUCGGAUGACGAUGAUGACAUAGAGAUCUUAGAGGCCUGUAUCAAUUCGGCUAUGCCCACAAAGUCUUCAAGAAAGCCCAAGAAACAAACCCCUCCAUCCUCCUCGAGAAUACCCCCACCAGUGGCCCGCAAACCAAGCCAACUCCCUGUUUACAAACUACACCCCCCACAAGCCAGGGGGCAACAGAAACAUGUUGCACUAGCUCAUGGAGAGGACAUGCCUCGGGUUUAUUGCGUAGAAGGUACGCCCAUAAACUUCUCCACAGCAACAUCGCUCAGUGACCUUACGAUUGAUUCACCUCCAAACGAGUUGGCAGCUAUUGAAAAUCCCCCUUCUCAUGCAGAGGCAUCCAACCAAAGAUGUGAUACCGUCCCAGAGGGCAAAAGUGCAGAAACAAAGGAUGUUGUACCCUCUGACUCACUAGGUGCUCCUGCUGAGAAUGAAGGAGAUGACAUUCUUGCAGAAUGCAUCAACUCCGCAAUGCCAAAAGGUAAAAUACACAAACCUUUUAGAGUGCAAAAGAUGUCUGAUCAGCCUCAGCACCCUCCUACGGCAACUGGCAGUCUAGUUCAGCAAGACUUUGAAAAGAAAAAGCCGACUUCACCAGUAAAACCUAUGCCUCAAAGCAGUGAGUACAGAUUAAGGAUGCUCAAGCGGCAAGAUGCUCCCGGUAACUUAUCAGAAGCAACUGCGUAUCCUGAUAAAAACGCAGAAUCUAAAAAAUUCGAGGCCAGAGUAGGUCCAAGAGAAUUUUCAGAUAAGCCUGUAAAUGCCGAAGAAAGAACACGUCCAGGUUAUACCUUUGAUUCCCCGCACCAUUACACACCAAUCGAGGGUACUCCUUACUGCUUCUCUCGCAAUGAUUCCCUGAGUUCGCUCGACUUUGAAGAUGAUGAUCUUGACCUUUCAAAAGAAAGGGCUGAGCUCAGAAAGGAUAAGGAACAAAGAAAAGUCCCACCUUUGAAGAGCAGUGGAGAACAGCCUGGAAACACCAACAGAGUGGCUGCCUUUCAGAACGCUCCAAGCAAGCCCCAUCAAAAGCCUGGGUUUCCUCUAGCACCCAAAGAAAGCACAGGAACAGUGCCUGACGAAAAGCAAAAAUUUUCAAUCGAAGACACUCCAGUUUGCUUCUCAAGAAACUCAUCUCUAAGUUCGUUAAGUGACAUUGACCAAGAAAACAACAACAAGGAUUGCACACUCAAAGAGGACACAACCCAGGUGGAAAUGCCCAGGCCUCAAGCCUCUGGUUAUGCCCCCAAAGCUUUUCACGUUGAGGACACCCCAGUAUGUUUCUCUAGGAAUAGUUCUCUUAGCUCUCUCAGUAUUGAUUCUGAGGACGACCUUCUUCAGGAGUGUAUCAGUUCUGCAAUGCCAAAGAAGAAGAAGCAGCCACCGCGAAGUAAAAGCGAUGACCAAGGAGUAAAGGAGGAGAAAAGCAUGAUGGCUGAUGGUAUUUUAGCAGAAGAACCAGACCUCAUACUGGAUCUCACAGAUACGCACAGUCCAAUUUCAGAGCAAGCCUUGUCGCCAGACUCUGAGUCAUUUGACUGGAAAGCCAUCCAAGAAGGUGCCAAUUCAAUAGUCAGCAGUCUACACCAGGCUGCAGCCAGUCUGUCUCGACAAGGCUCAUCUGAUUCAGACUCCAUCCUCUCUCUCAAAUCUGGUAUAUCUAUUGGGUCCCCGUUCCACCUGCCUUCAAAUCAAGACGAUAGCAAGCAGUCUGCCAACAAAGGCCCAAGAAUAUUGAAGCCUGGCGAGAAAAGCACUUUAGAAGCAAAAAAGAAAGAGGAGGAAGCUGCUAAAAGCUUAAAAGGUGGCAAGAAAGUGUAUAAAAGCCUCAUUACUGGCAAGCCACGGCCCAGUCUUGAGAGUAUGGCUUCUCAGCAGAGACAAGCUCAAGUUCCUGUAGUUUCCAGAGGGAGAACAAUGACUCAUGUACCUGGUGUAAGAAGCAGUUCGCCCAGCACUAGCCCUAUUCCAAAAAAGCCUCCUGCACGUGGUCAAGUUGCCAAGCCCCCAUCCCAAGGACCAAAUUCUGUAAACUCUCCCAGAAGCAUUAAGCCUCCAUCAAAAACAGAUCCUAGUCCUGCAAGAGAAUCACCUGCCACACCUGGAGGAUCCAGUAAAGCUUCCUCUCGAUCAGGAUCCAGAGACUCCACCCCUUCUAGACCACCUCAGCAAUCCCUCACAAGACCUAUGCAGUCUCCAGGUCGCAACUCUGUCUCACCAGGCAGAAAUGGUCUCACCCCGCCAAAUAAGCUAUCUCAGAUACCUCGUACUGUUUCUCCCAGCGCCGCCUCCAAACCAGCUGGGUCUGGACGAAUGACUUACGCCUCUCCCGGGAGGCAGUUGAGCCAGCAUACACCUUCAAAGCAGCAGAGUGGCUUGCCAAGGAGUACCAGUGGUAUACCCAGGAGUGAGUCUGCAUCAAAAGUUUUAAAUCAAAGUGGAGCCUCUGGUCCUCCAAAAAAGGCAGAGUUGUCUCGAAUGUCGUCCACAAAGUCAAGUGGGAGCGAGUCUGACCGAUCCGAGAAGCCUGGGCUUGUUCGCCAGUCCACUUUCAUUAAAGAAGCCCCUAGUCCAACGUUAAAAAGGAAGUUAGAGGAGUCUGCUUCUUUUGAAUCCUUGUCACCUUCGUCUCCAAGCCAGUCGCAAACGCCUGUAUCAAGCCCUUCCCUUCCAGACAUGUCUCUUAGUCUGCCUUAUCAAGGAAGUGGUUGGAAAAAGUCCCCUCAAAGCCAGAAUUCCUCCGAAAAUGGAGAUGGGAAAUCAAUGAGACGGCAAGACAUUUCACGUUCCCAUUCCGAAAGUCCUUCAAGACUUCCAAUUAACAGAGCGGGAACAUGGAAAAGGGAGCACAGCAAGCAUUCCUCUUCCCUCCCAAGAGUUGGCACUUGGAAAAGAACGGGCAGCAGUUCCUCUAUACUCUCUGCCUCGUCUGAGUCCAGCGAAAAGGGCAGGAGCGAAGAUGAGCGUCAGCCAGCCAAUCCUCCACAGCGUUCUGGGCAAAGCAAGGAAGGAGGACUGGAACGGAAAGGAACUUGGCGGAAAGUAAAAGAGAGUGAAACGAGUCCCUCAAUGACUUUAGACUUGACGGAUCCAGCUGGAGAUCACCAGAUGAGUGCCGCAGGGUCCAAGAGUGAGGAUGUGUGGGUUCGGAUUGAAGAUUGCCCAAUUAACAACCCCAGAUCUAGCAAGUCCCCGACAGCAAAUACGCCUCCGGUCAUCGAUAGUUUGCCGGGAAAGGUGCAUCCCUGCGAUUGGGACUCGAGCGAAGUGCACCAACACAAGCAGCCAACGUCGAGUGAACGCCGCCUUGGUUCUGAAACGAAUUUAAACUUGAUCAGAAGCAGCGAGAGCCUUGAUAAAAAGGUGACCGACAUCAAGCCUGUUAUAAGCAACCCAAACAUCGCCACCGAAGUCCACGAAAUUGCAGUAGCCGAGCGAACGCCGUUCAGUUCGACCAACUCCAGCAAGCACAGCUCCCCUAGUGGUGCCGUCGCUGCGAGGGUCAGUCCGUUUAACUAUACCCCGAGCCCCAGAAAGAGCAGCGCCGAUGGCCUGAUGCCGAGGCCGUCUCAGAUCCCCACUCCGGUUAACUCGAACGCCAAAAAGAAAGACUCUAAAGGAGACACGACCGAGAGCGGGUCAUAUAUCGUUACUUCUGUGUAACGUCAAAGACAGAACUCUUAAUUGACAGCUGGCCUUUGGCGUUGGCUUGACUCGUCAAUACCCAAAAGACUCUUAAGACUCUUAUGCUACUGGACUCACUUAAAAAAACACUUAAACAGGCUUGGGUCAUGUUUUUAUUUUAUUCUGUCUCUCUCUCUGUGGAAAAUACAGCUGUUGUUGAAGUUGUUGUAGUUGAAGCCAAUGUAAAGCUGUGUAUCUAUGCUGGUAGAAUUGUGGCAGGCACACUUGCUUAUUAUUAGAGAAGGGGGCGAGAGGGAAGACUCUAAAAGGAUAUUGUAUUUCAAUUUGUACUGUACAGAUUUAUGUAUAUAUUUAAUUUAAACUCGCGCCAAGAUCUUGUAUCUUUGCCUGACUUGACAUAGAUAAUCACUUAAAGUGUAAUAUUUGGGAUGCGGCGGUAGCGUUGUUGGACUUCAAUACUAAAGCGUUUGGUUUUUAAGGAGGAACACCUGUACACCUGUAUUAAUUCAAUUCGAUAAUUCAUAAGAAAGUCCGACUCAUUUUUACUGCCACAUACUGUAUGUUUUCUGACUUCUGCUCCUUGCAUGAACUGAUCCAGUGGUCUGGUAUUUCCUGAAGUAAAGAUGAACAUUUCUGUGGACACAUGACGUACCGAUAGCUGUAGUGUAACAUUUUACACUUUUGUGUGUGCUUUUGAAAGUAAGGAAUUAACCUUGAAAAAAAAUCUUUUGAAUGAGGAUCUUUACGACGGUUAUAGAAUAUAAAACGUAGCUAGAUUCAUUGCUCCGCUGUUUGUGUAUAAUGUUUCCAGUUGAGGUGAGUGUCUUCUGAACGGCACUUUUGGUCUGAAGUUGUCUCAAGGACUGAAGUUAUUUUAAAAUUUAAAUUAUUGCUGUAGGUUUUUUGGUGUUGGUACCUUUUUUUUUUUUUUUAUAAAGCUCAUUUUUAUUUUAACCUUUAUUCACAAUUACUGUUAAGCACAUAAUCAGAUAUACUACUCUGCCAAAACGUUGUGAAUGACCACAUUUUAUUUUGUUUUCCUCAUGCAAUAAAGUAGGCUGAUUGAUGUUUGACACGCAUUUCAAAUUACCAAUGGCAAAUUCAACUUAAUAAACACCAUUUUGGUGAGAAA